GCCCCCUUUCACUCCAAAAUCCCCAUUCUUUCUGCAACACCACCACACACACUUAUAUAAAAAUGGAAAUCGACGAUGAUAACGGCACAAAUACAAAGAAGAAUCCGGGAUACGUAGAUUUGAACUGCCUAUCUACCACAUCUUCCGACGAUGAUCGGCCACCGGAACUCAUCAUCGUAAAAUCUAGUAACAAGUCCGACGGUGAAGUACACGCGCCGCCGCAAGAGGAUGAAAAAGAUGAUUUUGAAUUAAUGACCAAAACUGACCAUGAACUUAACCAGACUUUAGCUCGGCUGAUAAAUACUCGAGCGUUAAGUAAAACGUUGCCUGAUAAAGGAGAAAAGCUCAUGGCGAAUAUCCGGCGACACCAAAGCGAACUCGAAAAACGAAAUAAACUUAAGUUGGAAAAGGCUGAAAAUGGAUGUGAGGAGAUGAUACAACUUUCUGAUCAUAGUGAUGACAGUGCUUCGUGUGGCGAAAAGAAAAGUGAUCGGAAAUCUUCAUCUUCAAAGUUUGCCAAACGUCUUCUGCAAAAUAUGGGGGAAGAACAGAAAGAUUCUAGGACUGUCAAUGCAUUUGAAAAAGAGUUGUCUUACGUCAAUCCUUGUAAAGGGCGAAAACCGAAGCCUAUAAAUGAGAAUUUGGAUAAGGAAAGAACCAAAACAGGAUUACUUUCAAAACUCCCGAAGACUCCUUUAGUGGAUUGUGAGAAUCAAUUUAUCUUCGAUGAUGAUAAAAAAGAUGGCGAUUCUACUACUUCUUUCUCAGAACCAAACUCUCCUCAAGAUCCACCUACAAGAGUUUUGAGGCCUAGACAUAAACGGAAUCAUCAUUUACUGGAUGAGGAGAUUGAGACUACACAAUAUGUGGAACCAUUGGAUCCAUGCAUGAAAAAUGUUAAAGUCUACUACCCAUCAAGGGAUGACGUUGAUGCAGUCGAAGUUAAUUACACUGACAUGGCAUGUCUUGAUCCCGAAGCAUGUCUUUCAUCCACUAUCAUGAAUUUCUAUAUACGAUACCUUCAGCAGCCAACAUCUUCGUCUGAUGGUGCAACAUCUAGUUAUCAUUUCUUUAACACAUAUUUUUAUAACAAGCUAGAUAAGCUAAACUACAAGGAAGAUGCGUUUCGCAAGUUCAGAAAGUGGUGGAAAGGUGUCAGUAUUUUGGAGAAAGCAUACAUACUUCUCCCCAUACAUGAAAAUGCUCAUUGGAGCUUGGUGAUAAUAUGUCUCCCUAACAAGGAAGAUGAACUUGGGCCAAUGUUGCUUCAUUUGGACUCACUUGGACUGCACAAUAGUUUAUCGCUAUUUGAUAACAUUAAAAGAUUUUUGAGGGAAGAGUGGGAAUACCUAAGAAAUCCAAAAACUGCUUCUACAAGUACAGAUGGAAUUUGGGAAGUUUUUGAUCGUAAAGUGGACCAGAAAAGGGUUGUGGUUCCACAGCAGAAGAAUGAUUAUGAUUGUGGGCUGUUUGUUUUGUUUUAUAUGGAACGUUUCAUCAAAGAAGCUCCUGAGAGACUACGGAAAAAAGAUUUAAGAAUGUUUGGAAAACAAUGGUUUCUCCCUGAAGAAGCAUCUAACUUGAGAGGAAGAAUUCGUAAUCUACUUGUAGAAGAGUUCAAGAAAGCCAAAGAGACGGAAUCCACAUCAUCUCCCUAGUGCCUGGCACAAUUCUAGUUUUGGUAAAUCAUGAUAGGUUUAGUUUACGAAACAUUAUGGUAAAAGUUGCUUCUUUUAGAUGUAAAUUUUGUUUCCAAAAGGCCAUAUGUAUAUACAUUUGUAUAGGAAGGCUUAAAAGCAGCAACUGCUAAAAGAGAAGUAAUGAGAUCUGUUAGAGUUGCCCCAUGUUUCCCAAAAUAUAAAUGAUGCAUGCUAUAUUGCUAUAUCAUGUUCCUUCCGUCCCAUAUAAUGGAUUCACAUUACUAAUACUA